AUGAACAAUUCUGCUUUUGCAAAAGGAAACGAUUUUGAAAAGAAAGUUUCUCGAGUACUUACAAUAGAAGUCAAGGAAAUUCGCGAUUUUGAAGGUGUGCUAUCAAGGUACCCUGAAUAUACUUUAGGGAUUUUCGUUACAUCUCUCAAAGAUGGUUAUUCUAAUCCAGCAAUACAAAGAAAGGAAACAUCAGAAUAUAAAAUUUUGCUCUCAAAUAUAUACGAUCUACGUCAAGACCUCCCCGCGUUUAUACCAAAAGAUAGUAUUAUUGAAGCAAGAUUCAUCACCAUAGAAGAAAGGCUCCAUUCGAUAGAAGAAAAAUUUAAAUUUUUUGCAAGUAAGAUUAGAGAUGGUCAAAACCGAAUGAUAGAUAACCAAAACCAAAUGAUGGACGACCAAAACCGAAUAAAAUCUAAUCAAGAAAUUUAUUAUGUUGAAAUUGUUAAUAAAUCAAAAGUAUAA